AUGGGUGAGAAGGAGGGAGCCCCCACCCCGUUGUGGCCCCGGGGGUCCGAGGACCCCUCCAUCCCCCGCCACACCCGGGCAGCCCCCUCCCGCCAGGCCUUGCUGGACCCAGCGCCUUCUCCCUGUCACCCGCUGUCGCCUCGGGCGGGGAUCGGUGCCCCGGAGCGCAAAGCCUGACGCUCCCCCUCUCCCACCCCCACACCCCCACCUCCCACCGCCCAGGCCCUGGCGGCGAUGAGACAGAGCGGCGCCUCCCAGCCCCUGCUGAUCAACAUGUACCUGCCAGAUCCCGUCGGAGACGGUCUCUUCAAGGAAGGAAAGAGCCCGGGAUGGGGGCCGCUGAGCCCCGCGGUACAAAAAGGCAGCGGCCAGAUCCAGCUGUGGCAGUUUCUGCUGGAGCUGCUGGCUGACCGCGCGAACGCCGGCUGCAUCGCGUGGGAGGGUGGCCACGGAGAGUUCAAGCUCACGGACCCAGACGAGGUGGCGCGGCGCUGGGGCGAGCGCAAGAGCAAGCCCAACAUGAACUACGACAAGCUGAGCCGCGCGCUGCGUUACUACUACGACAAGAACAUCAUGAGCAAGGUGCACGGCAAGCGCUACGCCUACCGCUUCGACUUCCAGGGCCUGGCGCAGGCCUGCCAGCCGCCCCCCGCGCACGCUCACGCCGCCGCCGCCGCCGCCGCCGCGGCCGCCGCCGCCCAGGACGGCGCGCUCUACAAGCUGCCCCCCAGCCUGGCCCCACUGCCCUUCCCCGGCCUCUCCAAACUCAACCUCAUGGCCGCCUCGGCCGGCGUCGCGCCCGCCGGCUUCUCCUACUGGCCGGGCCCGGGCCCCGCCGCCGCCGCCGCCGCCGCCACCGCCGCGCUCUACCCCAGCCCCGGGUUGCAGCCCCCGUCCGGGCCCUUCGGCGCGGUGGCAGCCGCCUCGCACCUGGGGGGCCAUUACCACUAG